AUGUGUGAUGAAGCAAAUAGCAAGAAGAAGAGUAAGGAGGAUGGAGAUGAAACCGAUAAACGGUGUUCAACUUCCAAUAAGAAAAAACGGCUUGUGUUAUCGGCACAUCGCUACUCAAAGAGUAAAAAGCGUCGAGAAAGUACUUCUACCAACACAAUACCUCAAGAAGACGUAGGAAAUUUGGAAGAGGUCAUUGAAGAAGAAACGAAUGAAGAUAUUGAAGAUUGUGCAGAUAACGACUGCAACUGGGUGGUAGAAGAAGAUGAACCACAACAGGCGGAAGAAACAAUUCCAGAGGCGAUAGAGUUCGUAAAUUUCUCGUAUAUGUUCCAGCAAAUGAAACGUUUACAGCAACAUUCCACGAUUGGCUGCGGCAUCGAACAUUGUCAAAUAAUUGAAUGCCAACAGUACGGUUUAGAGAAAACGUACAGUGUCCAGUGCCAAAUAUGCAAUCAUGUAGAGCGCAUAUCCUGCCUUCGGCAGAGUAAAGACACAAUGGGCAUUAACCACGCCGCUGAGUCUGCAACAAUGGUGACAGGCGGCGGAUACAAUCAGCUGGAGGAACUGUUGUCCGGUAUAAAUGUAUCCUGCAUGUCGAGAAGAAUUUAUAAGAAAUGUCAGAAUGACAUAAUCGAUGCAUUCGAAGUGGCCGCACAACGUGAAAUGGAAGAUGCUGCGAAAGAGGAAAGGGAACUAGCCAUAGCAAGAGGCGAUGUAUUACCAGGGUGUAAUAUACCGUGGAUCGCAGUAGUCGCAGAUGGAAGUUGGAUGAAACGGUCAUACCGCGGAGGAGAUUAUAAUUCUCUCUCUGGCGUAGGAGUCAUCGUGGGUUAUAACACCCAGAAAGUGCUACACGCAAACGUGAAGAACAAAUUUUGCAUGAUUUGCCAAACGGCGGCGAAAAAAAAGGAAGAAGCGCACGAGCAUCGGUGCUUUAAAAACUGGGGUCGUAAUCAGAGUUCGACUGGCAUGGAAAGUGCUGCUAUAAUCGAAGGUUUUAAAUGCAGUAUAGAAAUGCGUGGCCUUGUUUACUCCAUACUAGUUGCCGAUGGCGAUAGCAGUGUGUACAAAAAGAUAUUGGACAAUGAUCCAUAUAAAGAGUAUAUGGUGCAAGUACGAAAAAUAGAAUGCACCAAUCACCUGCUACGGAAUUUCAGUAGAAAAAUUAAUGACAUCGGAGCAAAAGGCAGAUGCAAAGAGCUAAGAGCUGUCGUAAAGGCUAAUGCUCUCCGCCUGCGUACUGCUGUAAAGAAAGCAGCAGAAUACCGGUUCAAAGAAAAAUUAAGACUCGUAGAUCAAAUAAAAAAUUUAAAAGAAGACAUGAAAAAUGUACCGAGUCACGUUUUCGGAGAACACAAGGAGUGUCAGAGAUUAGCAUACUUCUGCAAGAAAUACUCUGACUCAAAUAUUGUGAACUACGUUCCACAAUUGAUGCAAGCUGGUAUUUUUCAAAAUAUACAAGAAGCGAUGCAACCACUUUUCGCCCAAGCCGAAAGUUUGCUGUACUCUCUAAACAAUAAUGCUGUUGAGAGUUUUAAUAAUAUCGUCGCCAAAUUUAUCGGAGGCAAAAGGAUAAAUUUUGGACGAAGAGGUUCCUAUCAAGGUAGAGUCUCCGCUGCUGUCGUACAAUUUAAUACGAAAGAGGCAUUCAGCAAAGUGAGCACGGCAAUGAAUAAACAGCCGACAGCCAUCGCAAAAAGGAUGGAAGAACGUCGCAAGCAUGCAGCGAAAAUGGCAAGAAAAUAUAAACAAGAAGCGAAAGCAUCCUCCUUCCGAAACGAGAAACAAUCGUGCGAUCAGGAUUACGGCCCCAGUGCAGAGAAGCCAGAUAUGGACGAAGCAGUAUACUUUUCGGAGUGUCAAAGGCACUUGGCUAUACUGCAUGAGUGGCAAACGAUGCGAUGCCAGAUUGAAGCAGAAACUCGCGAUCAAGCAAACAGCGAGAAAGGGGGAGGAACAUGUCAUCCUUCCCCCCGGGAUGAGCCUCGACAGGCAAGGCAAGGCGGGGGACUCUGUGAUGGCGGAGGACGGUCACCGUGGGGUUUUAGCCGGUUCUAUUAGUAGUAAUUGCAACUGAAAGGGGCCAGUACCGUUGCAAGAAAAUAUAUAUGAGAAACAGUCAUAAUACAUUCUUCAGAAGAUGUAAGUAUUGCUUUCUACAUUCAAGUGGUAUACACCACAAGACUAAUUUUUAUUACAUUUCUUUCUGUUGUAUGUCAGGCAGGGUAUGAGUGGAAGGGGCAUGUGUGUCUGUGUGUGUGUGUGUGAGUGUCGCGAAGAGCGACGCGAUUCCGACGCGCGCGGCCAGGACUCGAGUUAAUGUACGAGGCCCGUGCAAGAAGGAUCCGUAAACCGAGUCACUGCGAAAUAUUAAAAUAAACAAAUUUAUCGUUGUCUACUAUAAAACUUGUCUUUUCUUUUAUUUUCG